UAUGCUAUCAUAUUUACAGAUUGAUCAUUAUUGUAAGAACAAUGGAUUAGUUAUUGCAGGUUAUUAUCAAGCUAAUGAAAACUUUCGAGAUUCAAGUCCCGAUUUCAUAGCUUAUCGGAUUGCGGAAAGGAUUAAUGAUCACUUUGAAGAUUCUUGUCUUGUUAUGGUUGAUAAUCAAAAGUUAUCAUUGGACUGUGAUGAUUUGGCAUUUGUAUUAUAUCAGUAUCAUGAUAAUAAGUGGAAACCUAAAGACAAAACUAAUGUACAUUUGGAACAGGGUAUGAAAGCUAUGGCAGUUGCUGCAGCUCUUUUACACUCAAAGACAUACAGACAACUAAGUGAUUUUGAUAAUCAUUUAGAUGAUGUUAAACAUGAUUGGAGUAAUCAAGGUGUAAAUGAAAAAAUAGCAAAUUGUUUAUAGCAUUAACUAAAUUAAAAAGUUAUAAAUUGUAUGAUUUGUUUACAUAUAAGACACUGGGUACAUUCCUGAAGUUAGAAUAACUGAGUACCUGCAGUGUGAAAUGUUAUAUAUAUCAAAGAUUUAUUAUAAAAAAAACCCUAUCACAAAAGUUGUGUAAAAUUAUUUCAAUUUUACAAAAUAUCUUAAUUUAUCUCUUUACAGAGAGUUUUGUUGAUCUGCUUUAUCAUCAGUGUGAUACUUUUCACUAACACUCAUCUUGUUGCUAUCAAAUCAAUUUUUAUAACAAUUCUCACACUAUUACUUUUUAUCACUGAAAACAAAUAUUGAUUAUUAGGUAA